CCUCAGUACUCAUCACUCUGCAACAAGUUUAGUUAACCGAUCGUUCGUGACAGCAUCGCGCCUUCCCCAAUUUUCUGACUGCUCCUCUGCACAAUUUCUCGUUCAUUGCCGCUUCCUCCAUUGUUUCAGAAUGGAGGGAGAUAAGGAUGCCUACUACGUUGUGCAGAAGGGGGGUGUUGUUGGAUUUUACAAAAGUUUGAAGGAGUACGAAGCUCAACCUGGAUGCUCUAUAUUUGAUCCCAAUGCAACGAUCUACAAAGGGUAUCACUUAUCUAAAGAAGCAGAGCAGUACCUUGCGUCACAUGGACUUCAGAGUGCGACUUACUCUAUAAGUGCUGCCAAUGUGACAGAGGAUUUAUUUGGCAAACUACUUGCUUGCACUUAUGAGCAACCAUCUUCUUAUAGAGGACAAACUACUGAAGAGCGCUCAGCUAAUAGACCACACCAAGUUCAUGGGGCUAAUGAAUAUGGGUUUGUAGGUGCAAACUGGGUCUCAACAGAUUCUCCAAAGCAAGAAAUUAUUUGGGAUCAUGGUUUUGAAGCCGUACCUGCUUCUUCGAGCUGUAAACUAUCUGCUUCUAGAGGAAAAAUGGCUGAAGGUUACUCUGGAGCUAAGAGACCGCAUCAACAUGAGACUGUUGAAUGUAAACUAUCUGCUUCUAGAGGAAAAAUGGCUGAAGGUUACUCUGGAGCUAAGAGACCGCAUCAACAUGAGACUGUUGAAUGUGACUUUAUAGGUGGCAGUUAUUGGACCUCAACACCUCUACCAGAUAUUGGUUUUAUAGCCUCAGCUCCUUCGUCUAACUGCGUUAACUCCCAGACCUAUUUUCUUGAGUUUGAUGGUGCCUCAAAGGGGAAUCCUGGGCUAGCAGGUGCUGGAGCUGUUUUACGUGCUAAAGAUGGAUCUACAGUCUGUAGGUUGCAAGAAGGGGUUGGGAUCGCUACAAAUAAUGUUGCGGAAUAUCGUGCUGUAAUUUUAGGACUUAAACAUGCUCUUAAGAAUGGCUUUAAACACAUUCGUGUCCAAGGAGAUUCCAAGCUCGUUUGUAUGCAGGUUCAGGGUCUGUGGAAGAUCAAAAACCCAAAUAUGGGUCAGUUGUGUAAAGUGGCAAAGGAGCUCAAGGAUAAGUUUGCAUCAUUUGAGAUCAGUCAUAUCCCUAGGGAACAAAAUUCCGAUGCCGAUGCUCUAGCAAACCGUGCUAUACAUCUCCGAGAUGGAGUUGUAGUAGAAGACUGCAAGCAUAAAUGAACUCAAACAUUUGGAGGAGGAAUCUCUCUCUAAAUUUCAGAUGGUAUUUAUGGAAAUUCUCUGCAUUUUGUACCAUUUGAAUUUUAAGAAUGUGGUAUCAGCUCAAUGAUGUGUUUAGUUGAUGAACAUCCCAAAUUUUGGUUAACUUAUGAACAGGGAUGCAACUUUCAGCUCUGUAUAUAUUCAAUUCAAAGAUUGAAUAUUAGUAAGUUGAGAGUAAUGCAGAGAUGUGGUUAAAUUAUGAUUUAUUAUCAUUGCAAAACA